CUUUCAUCCCUGCGCUUAGAUGUCGCUAUGUUCGAGUUCACCCUUGGGGAUGGUACAGGCAUAUCUCCAUGAGACUUGAGUUCUAUGGAUGUCUAACAGACAAAUGUACCAUGCCUCUUGGUAUGGAGGACCAUCGCAUCUUGUCGGGUCAUCUUCGGGCCUCGUCGUCGUACAACUAUAACCACGGACCUGACCGAGCACGACUAAAUAUCUAUAACGGACAUGGACGAACAGGAGCUUGGGUAGCAAAGUACCGGAACGCUAAUCAGUGGCUGCAGAUCGACUUAAGAAUAAUGAGUAUCAUUAAAGGAAUCGCUACACAAGGAAGAAGAGAAGCCCAUCAAUGGGUUAAGAGUUAUACACUCUCCUACAGUGCAAAAGGUCUACGCUUUAGACCAUAUGUCGCGUAUGGCAAGGUUAAGUUAUUCCGCGGCAACUAUGAUAUCUACCACACACUUUCAUACAAGAUAAUCCCAGCGAUCAAGGCCAGGUUUGUUCGUAUUCAUCCUAGAAGUUGGCGCAGUUACAUCGCAAUGCGUGUAGAGUUGUAUGGAUGCAGAUACAAGGAACGUUUCUGUGACCGAAUCCAAGGACUCCAAAGAGGUACAAUAAAGAAUGCAGCUUUCACUGCCUCAUCCCAAUGGGACAAAUACCAUGCCCCAUUCCGAGCCCGGUUGCACAUCCCCAGACAAGGACGGUACAUUGGGGCGUGGUCCUCCCGCCAUAACAACCACAAUCAAUGGCUGAAGAUUGACUUAGGCAGACCAACCAAGGUGACUGGUAUGGCAACACAGGGACGCCAAGAUGCAGACCAGUGGGUGACAGCAUAUUAUGUUUACUACAGUUUGGAUGGAGUACGCUUUUCUCGAGUCACCUACUGGUGGGAUGUUAUAAAGACUUUUCGAGGAAAUUAUGAUCGAAAUGGUGUCCAAACGCGCUCGUUCAACCCUCCUCUUUAUGCAAGAUUUAUUAAAAUCAAUCCUCGUGGCUGGCGAUCACACAUCUCGAUGAGGGUGGAAGUGUAUGGUGGGGCAUGGAGUAAGUGCGAUGUUCCCCUUGGAAUGGAAGACCACCGUGUCCCUGAUCAACUCAUUACUGCCUCCUCCUACUACAACUACUGGGGUUCACCGAGAAUGGCCAGGCUGCAUCAGAGACGCGUUGGCAAGCUUGGAGGCUCCUGGUAUGCCAAGCGAAGCGACAAACGCCAAUGGCUGAAGAUAGACAUGGGUGGACUGACACGGGUGUCACGUUGUGCUACUCAAGGCCGUCAGAAUGCUGACCAAUGGGUAACAAGUUAUUACGUGUCCUACAGUGUGAAGGGAUACCGGUUUGUGACGUAUAAAGAGUACGGACGUACCAAGAUAUUCCCAGGCAACUUUGACCGAUAUGUGGUCGUAACACACCGAUUCCUUCGACCAAUAGUGGGACGCUACUUCAAGAUACACCCAGUCACGUGGCGAAGCUGGAUCUCCAUGAGAGUAGAAUUAUAUGGCUGCGUCAUUGAUCUUUUAGGCGACUUGCAAAACUACCUACAACUGAAAGAACUAAAAAAUUUGAAUUCAGUCAGAAGAAGAAGCACCGAAAUGGAAGUGGAAAAAGAGCCAAAGACAACUUUCGAGACGGAUUGA